AUGGUGCGGUAUGGUCAGCUGAUUAUCGGACCGCCCGGUUCGGGAAAGACGACGUACUGCUAUGGCAUGUACCAGUUCUUCUCUGCCUUGAAACGCGGCGUCCAUAUCGUCAAUCUGGAUCCGGCCAACGAACGCGUCCCCUACCCCUGUGACAUCUCCCUCUCGGACCUCAUUUCCGUCUCGGACGUCAUGGCCGAGCUGGAUCUAGGACCGAAUGGCGCGAUGCUGUACUGCAUGGAGUACCUGGAGCACAAUAUCGACUGGCUCGAGUCGCGCCUCGCAGCCUUGGAGCAUGACUAUGUCCUCUUCGACCUGCCUGGACAGGUGGAGCUCUCGACCAAUCAUCCCAGUCUCCAGCGCAUUCUCGAGCGCCUGCAGAAGCAGGACUGGCGCCUGGUCGCCGUUCACUUGUCGGACGCCACGCACAUCACAGAUCCCGCGCGCUACGUGGCGCUUCUGGUGCUUGCGCUGCGUGCGAUGCUCAUGCUCGAGCUUCCACAUGUCAAUGUCCUCAGCAAAUUCGAUCUGCUCGAUGAAGAGCAGCAGUCGCAGCUGAUCUUUCCCCUCGACUACUAUACAGAAGUACAGGACCUACACUACAUGUCAGAUCACUUGCACGCCACGCAGCCGCGUGUCGCACAGAUGUACGAGGUACUCGGCGACAUUGUCGAGGACUACGGCCUCGUGUCGUUCGAGACGCUCGCCGUGGAGGACAGGGACCGUAUGCUGCAUUUAGUGGAGGUCCUCGAUCGAGCGAUUGGGUACAUAGGAGCCUAG